AUCAACACUAUAGAACUCACAGCUUAAUGUUUAACAAUAAUUAACUGGAUCUUGUUCGGGUAUAUAAGAAUGGAAGCUGCAAUGCCCCUUCUCAGUUCUCACCAUCUGCGCCCACAUUUUAUUAUCUCAUCCCGAUCCAAAAAUGGAGAACAGAAGGUCGCCAUCAUCGGUAGCACUGGCGGUAGGGUUAUUGGCAAUGAUGUCGGCCGGCUUCCUCGUCGGGCAAUCCACGGCGGCUUCUUUCACCAUUUGCUACAGGAACUGCUUCCUUCUGUGCGCCAUUACCGGUAACUCUCUCGGCUCUUGCGCCGGAGACUGCUUGAAAGACUGCCUCCUCCAGCCGCCGUCCUCACUGCCGCCGAAACCUUCUUCUGUUUCGAAAAUGGGAGAAGAGAUGAAGAAACCCGCAUCCCAUCGCCAAAACUUGUACUUCUGCAAGCUCGGCUGUGCAUUCUCCCUCUGCUCCAACUUCAGCUCCCGCGCUACUGACCCUAGAGAAGAGAAAGUGGCGGCUUGUGUGGAUUCUUGCUCGACCAAGUGUACCGUCCGAGGUUAAUUUCUCCGACGUCGUCAUUUGAAUGAGUGGUUGGUUAAUGUUUCGAGAAUUUGAAGGUUGUUGAUUGUUUCGAGGGGUUAGAUAUGUUUCUUCAAACAAGAUUGAUCGAUCUAUGUAUUAAUUAAAGAUUGUAGUUCUCUGUAUUUCAAUUACAUGUUAGCUUCCAGUCUCUAGAAACCUGAUAUCGAACAAUCAUUUUUUCUUGUAAUGCUAAAUUUGGUGAU